UCUCUUCGUCUCGGAGGAUCUUACUUACUGUUUGGUCAAGUUCCUGGUCGAUAUCAGUGUCAUUUGUGGUUUCCAAGGUAGCGAAUAGGUUUUCCAGUUUUAACUGAAAUGUUUCAGACCCAGCCACGGUUUGGAGCAAGUUUGGUCGGAGCGUAGACUUCAUGAGACGGACACGCUCGGAGUCAUAUUUGAUGUUUAGAGUGUCUCGCAGAAGUCAGUGAUCACUUCCUGUAUUAAAUCUAUGAUCUCUGAUCACUGAGACAUCUCUAAAUAUUCGUCUCUUGUCCAUCAUAAUGAAGUCUUUUUUAUUUUUUGUAAUAGCGUCGGGGCUCCGCCACGUCCACUUCCGUUGGCGCUGCUUCUUAAUGAAGGAGUUCAUCAAAAAUAGCCCCUCUUUUUCCAGGAAGUUAACGAGCAUUUGCCCCCUGUGGUUUCCUUUCAUGCUUCCAAAACCAUGUGGCCCUACUACCGACUCGCCGCUAGUCUGUACUCCCACUUUAGCAUUGAAAUAUCCCAUGACAACGUUGAAGUGGGCCUUUUGGGUGGUGUAUAAGGCCCUGGAAAUGUCUUCGUACAAUUCCUCUACCUCAUCAUCCGAGUAUGUCGAGGUCGACCCACGUACAUUUGCAUAAAAAUAAACAUUCCACUUACCCGAUGCACUGAAUGCAUAACAGCUCCCACAUUCACCCUGAACUUUAACUCUGGUAACUACGUUUUGUUGACGCCAAUCAAAUGAGUCCGGUACAUUCACUUUAGGGAGUUGCGAAUCAGUCACUACGUUACAUUGUCCAGUGAAGUUAAAAUUGGCCGGUAUACAAGAAUAGCGGUUGACAAAUUCGUCUACAGUCAGAUCCAUGAACUUGGUAAUACCUGGAAUUGUAAUUACAGUUUAGAUACAAUAUAUCAUUUGUUUACACCUCAAGCAAUUAUUGGGUUGUGGGGCAAGGGCAAGCGCACUGGAACAGGAGAGGGGACAGGGUGGUUUUUAGUCAGUAAGAGUCUGACACUCCCUCUCGCCUCUCCCUGUGCGACCAAAUUCAGUAAGUGACUCCCAAAACUCAAAAAAAUUGAUUUAUUGGCAACUACGUACCAAACCUAGUAUGUUCGCUUUGCGCAUUUAAAGUGUUUGCCUUUUUCAAGUUUUCUCUGAAAAUUGCAAACCUGGCUUGCUUCUCUUCCUCGCUUGUGUAUUGUUUGUUGUAGUCUUGGAUGAAGCGCUCAAAAUGUUCCUCGGCGUCUUCGAGGUCAAACAUUGGCACUGACGCUGCCUGCGCACACGCCGCCAAACAAAC